AUGGCGGCCGGCGCUGAGGAGAGGUGAUGAGGAGAUGAGGAGGGAGCGGGCGGGGACGGAGAUGGCGGCGGGGGCGGCCCCCGGGCAGCCCCGACGACGGCCGCCUCGGCCUCCUCAGCCCGCCGCCGCCGCCGUCCUUUGUCCCUGAGGCGGGGGCCGCGCGUCGCCCGGCCAUGGAGGCGGACCGGCCGCCGGCCUGCCUCAGCAUGGCGCCGGCCCCCGCGCCCCCGGAGGAGCAGGACCGCCCCCACCCACCACCACCACCACCACCACCACCACCGCCGCCCUCUUCCCCUCCCCGGCCCCUUGAGCCGGUCCUCAGCGGGGGACGCCGCCUCCUCCGGGAAGACCCCCCGGCCCGGCUGGCCGUGGAGGAGAGCAUCCCUCCCGGGCCCGUGUCCCUCUGCGCCCUGGACCUCCGCCCGAGGGAGGGCCCGCCGGGCCCGGACGCCGGGGUCCCCCUCCCCGAGGAGCCCCCCGACGGGCCCAGGCUCCGGGCCGUCUUCGAGGCCCUCGACCCCGACGGCGACGGCUUGGUCCGGGUGGAAGAGUUCGUCCAGUUCGCCACCGUCUAUGGGGCCGAGCAGGUAAAGGACUUGACGAAAUACCUGGACCCCAGCGGGCUCGGCAUCAUCAGUUUCGCAGACUUCUACCGAGGGAUCACAGCCAUCAAAAACGGAGACCCCGAGAGCCAGCUGUACGACAUCGGCUACGCCCAGGACGACGACCCCCCGGCCUGCCCCGAUGAAUUUGAUGACUUCGUUACCUACGAGGCAAAUGAGGUGACGGACAGCGCUUACAUGGGGUCUGAGAGCACGUAUAGCGAAUGCGAGACCUUCACCGACGAGGAUACCGGCACCCUAGUGCACCCCGAGAUGCACAACGAGGUGGAAACGGACAGCGCCAUCGACUCGGCCGUGCACUCGGAGAUCGCCGACGCGGCCGAGGAACCGGAGAACGGGUCGUCGCCGCUCACCCCCGCAACAUCCCACCCACACGGCCUGCCUCUGAGCUCCGCCCUCCACAAUCACUCCAUCGUGACCGUGAUUAGCGGGGAAGAGCACUUUGAGGACUACGGAGAAGGGAAUGAAGCCGAACUCUUCUCAGAGAACCUGUGUGACGGAGAGACCGCCUUUAACAGCUCCUCUUUCCUGUCUCCCAGCGUCAACCCAUUCGCAGCAAAGCUUCACAGCCUCCUCACUGAUGAGGCUUUUGAGUUUUACUGUAGCCAGUGCCACAAACAAAUCGACCGCCUCGAGGAUCUUUCCGCCCGCCUGAAUGAUCUUGAAAUGAAUAGUCCGAAUAAGAGGCUCUCCAGCAAGAAGGUAGCAAGGCACUUGCACCAGACAGGCCAGCUGGCCGGGGAUGUGAUGGAGGAGCCUUACCGAGACCCUGUGGGCAUCACGGAGGAGGACAUCACCGACAAGGUGGUCUUCCUGGAGAAGAGGGUGACGGAGCUGGAGAAGGACACAGCUGCCAACGGAGAACAGCAGAGCCGGUUGAGGCAGGAAAACCUGCAGUUGGUGCACAGAGCCAACGCCCUCGAGGAGCAGCUGAAAGAGCAGGAGUUGCAAGCGGACGAGAUGAUCCUCGAAGAAAUUCGGAGGCAGAAAGACCUCCUGUGCAGGAUGGAGCGAGAGAAGAGCAUCGAGAUUGAGAAUCUCCAGGCCAGGCUGCAGCAGCUGGAUGACGAAAACAGCGAGCUCCGGUCCUGCACCCCCUGCUUGAAGGCCAAUAUCGAGCGGCUAGAGGAGGAGAAGCGGAAGCUUUUGGACAAGAUCGAAGACCUCGCCGUCCAGCUCAGCGAGGAGCAGGACACCAAGAGGAAGAUGGGCGACAGGCUGAGUCACGAGCGCCACCAGUUUCAGAAGGACAAGGAGUCGACCCAGGAGCUCAUUGAGGACCUCCGCAAGCAGCUGGAGCAGCUGCAGUUGUUCAAGCUGGAAGCGGAGCAGCGGCGGGGCCGGAGCAGCAGCGUGGGGCUCCAGGAGUACCACAGCCGCACCCGCGAGAACGAGCUGGAGCAGGAGAUCCGCAGGCUCAAGCAGGAUAACCGGAAUCUCAAGGAGCAAAACGAUGAGCUCAACGGGCAGAUCAUCAACCUCAGUAUCCAGGGGGCCAAGAACCUCUUCUCCGCUUCAUUCUCCGAGUCGCUGGCCGCAGAGAUCAGCUCCGUCUCCCGCGACGAGCUGAUGGAGGCCAUUCAGAAGCAGGAGGAGAUCAACUUCCGCCUGCAGGACUACAUCGACAGGAUCAUCGUGGCCAUCAUGGAAACCAACCCAUCGAUCCUGGAAGUGAACCACAGCCACUCGCCGGGUUCUAUGGCCGCGGCCCGGGAGUGGUCCUGUUCCCGCUGCACUUUCCUGAACCCGGUGGGCCAGCGGCAGUGCUCCAUCUGCGAGGCCCCCCGGCAGAAGCCCGACCUCAACCACAUCCUGCGGCUCAGCGUGGAGGAGCAGAAAUGGCCCUGCGCCCGCUGCACCUUCCGGAACUUCCUGGGCAAGGGGGCCUGUGAGGUGUGCGGCUUCACCCCGGACCCGGCGCCCGGGGCCUGCCCGCUGCCGGCCAUCAACGGCCUCCUGCCCAAGCCGCCCGCCGUCCUGGCCGAGCCCAAGGCGGGCGGGAGGGAGGCGGGGCCCGGCGGGGAGCCCCCCGGCCAGAGCCCCCCGGAGACGGAGGCGGCCGGCGGCUGGACCUGCCCGCGCUGCACCCUCCACAACACUCCGGCGGCCAACUCCUGCUCGGCCUGCGGGGGGCCCCGCCGGCUCUCGCUGCCCAAGAUCCCCCCGGAGGCCCUGGUGGUCCCCGAAGUCAUCGCCCCCGCCGGCUUCCAGGUCGCCCCCGGCCAGCCCCCCGAGCCCGCCGACCCCUCCGAGCCCCCGCCCGGCGGACGGGCCCCGGCCCCCGCCGAGCCCGAGGGGCCCAAGACGCCCGGCCCCUUCGCCCCCGCCCCGCAGAACAACCCCGUCCCCCGCAGCCGGAGGGAGGUGCCCCCGCAGCUGCAGCCGGGGACGCCCGAGGCCCAGGCGGCCCCCGGCCCCAAGGGGUCCCCUCAGGGGCAGGGCCGGCCCGCCACCCGCUUCCAGGAGCUUCUGGGCACCAAGCGGCUGAGCGUGCUGGAGGAGGAGGCGACGGGGGCGGUGGACCCCGGCCCGGCAGGGUCCAGGAAGUGCGGCUCGGGCGCCCGGCCCCCGGCCGCCAGCGAGGCCAGCUGUGCCCCGCCGGGCGGCGACAUCAUCGACCUAACAGGCGACACGGUCCGCUUCACGCCCGCCAGCCCCUCCAGCCCCGACUUUACCACCUGGCCCUGCGCCAAGUGUACGCUGAAGAACCCCACCGCGGCCCAGCGGUGCCAGGCGUGCGGCUCGUCCAAACUGCACGGCUUCCAGGAGCACGCGGGGACGGCGCCCGCCGAGCCGGCCCCCCGCUGCCCGGACUGCAGCGCUGCCGACAAGGGCGGCGGGGGCAGCUGCUGCUGCGGGGGGCGGCCCCGGGAGCCCGCCCGCCUCUUCCCCUGCCCACCGCCGCCGCCCGCCGAGCGGCCCAGCCAGUGGUCGUGCCCGGCCUGCACCCUGCUGAACGAGGCCAAGGCGAAGCACUGCGCCGCCUGCCACACUCCGCAGCUCUACUUGGCCCAGCGCAAGGGCGGCAAGCCGCUGAAGCGGCGGGAGAGCAUGCACGUGGAGAAACGGCGCCUGACGGACGAGGGCGAGGCCAAGGCCCUGUGGGAGAACAUCGUCCUCUUCUGCCGGGAGAACAAAGUGAACUUCGUGGACGACAGCUUCCCCCCUGGACCCGAGUCCGUGGGCUUCCCGGAAGGGGACAGCGUCCAGCUGAGGGUGCGGCAGUGGCUCCGGCCCCACGAGAUCAACUGCGCCAUCUUCAAGGACCAGGGGGAGGACUGGUCGGUGUUCCGGACGCUGCGGCCCUCCGACAUCCUGCAAGGGCUUCUGGGAAACUGCUGGUUCCUGAGCGCCCUGGCCGUGCUGGCAGAGCGGCCCGAGCUGGUGGAGCGGGUGAUGGUCACCCGGGGCCUGUGCCCAGAGGGGGCCUACCAGGUGCGGCUGUGCAAAGAUGGCACGUGGACCACGGUGCUGGUGGAUGACAUGCUGCCCUGCGACGACUGCGGCUUCCUCCUCUUCUCCCAGGCCCAGCGGAAGCAGCUGUGGGUGGCCCUCAUCGAGAAGGCCCUGGCCAAGCUGCACGGGUCCUACUUCGCCCUGCAGGCCGGGCGCGCCAUUGAGGGCCUGGCCACCCUGACUGGCGCCCCGUGCGAGAGCCUGAUGCUGCAGGUCAGCUCCACUAACCCCCGCGAGGAGCCAAUUGACACUGACCUCAUCUGGGCCAAAAUGCUGAGUUCUAAGGAGGCUGGGUUUCUCAUGGGCGCUUCGUGCGGAGGGGGCAACAUGAAGGUGGACGACGUGGCCUACGAGGGCAUGGGCCUCCGCCCACGCCACGCCUACUCCGUCCUGGACGUGCGAGACGUCCAGGGCUUCAGGCUGCUCCGCCUUCGGAACCCCUGGGGCCGUUUCUCCUGGCACGGCAGCUGGUCGGACGAGUGGCCGCACUGGCCGGGGCACCUGCGGCAGGAGCUGAUGCCCCACGGGAGCAGCGAGGGGGUCUUCUGGAUGGAGUACAGCGACUUCAUCAGGUACUUUGAUUCGGUGGACAUCUGCAAGAUCCACUCAGACUGGCACGAAGUGCGGGUUCAGGGCACCUUCCCCAACAAGGCCAACGGGCCCGUGGUGGUCACCUCCCUGACCGUGCUGGAGCGUGCCGCCCUGGAGUGUGCCCUCUUCCAGGAGGGCAGCCGGCGUUCGGACGCGGUGGACAGCCAUCUCCUGGACUUGUGUAUCAUGGUGUUCCGGGCCACCUUCACGAGCGGCAGCCGGCUGUGCCUGGGCCGGCUCCUGGCCCACAGCAAGAGGGCCGUGAAGAAGUUUGUCAACUGCGACGUCAUGCUGGAGCCGGGCGAGUACGCGGUCGUCUGCUGCGCCUUCAACCACUGGAGCCCCAGCCUGCCGGGCCCCUUGCCCGCCCAGUUGCCCAGCCCCACCGGCGGAGGGGGCCGCAGCGCCCCGGAGCCCCCCGGUUACAUCCUGGCCAUCUACAGUUCGCGGCUGGUCAUGGUGGAGCAGAUGGAGGCCCGGCCCACCACGCUGGCCGACGCCAUCAUCCUCCUGACGGAGAACAAGGGAGAGCGCCACGAGGGCCGGGAGGGGAUGACGUGCUACUACCUGACCCACGGCUGGGCGGGGCUGAUCGUGGUGGUGGAGAACCGGCACCCCAAGUCCUAUCUGCACGUGCAGUGCGACUGCACCGACAGCUUCAACGUGGUGUCCACCCGAGGCAGCCUCAAGACCCAGGACAGCGUCCCGCCCCUGCACCGGCAGGUGCUGGUGAUCCUCUCCCAGCUGGAGGGCAACGCCGGCUUCUCCAUUACCCACCGCCUGGCCCACCGCAAAGCCACACAGCCGUUCCUCAACGACUGGCUGGCCACCAAGGGCACACACAACCCCCAGCUCACGGUGGAGGUGGCCGGCCUGCACGGCCCUCGGCCUCUAUGACCCCCGCCGCCCUCCCG